UGGCAAAGAUUGUAACGGAUCCUGCAUAAACAGACAUUGUCUUGGAAACUCGACAUGUAAUCACGUGACUGGGAAAUGUGUCUAUGGCUGUGAUCGGGGAUAUGCACUACUUGACUGCGCUACGAACUGCAGUGGUACCUAUGGCUUCAACUGUAAUAUGUCUUGUAGCUCUCGCAACUGUUCCAACACCUCCCCGGAAUGUGACCAGUUUUAUGGAAACUGCACAGGAAAAUGCUUGGAUGGUUUUGAAUUACCAGACUGUGCAACUGCAUGUCGCGGUGGCAUGUUUGGAUCUGGGUGUAAGUUAAGAUGCAAUGGACGACAUUGUGAUGGCGAUAAUAAAACGUGUGAUGCUCAAAUCGGAAGAUGUCAACAUGGCUGCAAGCCAGGAUGGAAGAAGGAAAGUUGUACUGAACCAUGCGACGCUGGUUGGUAUGGCGCCGAUUGUUCGUUUACCUGCACAAGAAGAUACUGUCUGAAUAAAACUGCAAGCUGUGAUCACGUGACUGGUUCAUGUGGAGGAGAAUGUGAGAAAUACUGGAUAGGAGUUGCCUGUACUGAGUGUGAUGGGAAAUACGGCAGUGGUUGUAACUAUUCCUGCAGUGAGCGAAAGUGUAGAAACCCCUCACCACCAUGCGAUCCCGUGACGGGAUCUUGUAACAGAGGAUGUCUGGAUGGUUGGCAAGGAGACACGUGCACCACCACAUGCGACACUGGUCGGUAUGGCGCCGAUUGUUCGUUUAUCUGCACAAGAAGAUACUGUCUGAAUAAAACUGCAAGCUGUGAUCACGUGAAUGGUUCAUGUGAAGGAGAAUGUGAGAAAUACUGGAUAGGAGUUGACUGUACUGGUAAAAUAAAGUUUGUUUUGUUUAAUAACACUAGUCUUGUUAAGCACUCGGGAAUCUGA